AGAUCUGUCUAUGUCUCUAUAUUCUGGUGAUGGGUGUGAGGUGUGUAAGUGCAGAGAAACAUCUUGAUUUUCCCGUCCCUUUUCGUCAACCCCGUGGUCUUCCGGCAGGAGAAGGGCGAUGGUUGAGUCAACUAUGUUGGCGAGCUUGGUCAUUGCCUCGGCAUCGUCACUUUCGGUCGGAAGAGAGGCGAUAACCAGGUGUACGUUUCGCAAAUAUUUCGCUGCGCGAGGGCCGAGAGUUCCAAGGUGCCCGAAAGGUGCCUUUCCCGGUUCAUCAUCCGGCUCGGAUCGCGCAAUGAUGCGUGACACGGAUUUCCACUUGGUGAAGAUGAAGUCUCCGACUUGGUCCAACUGAAUAGAAUUGGCGAUGUGGUCUGGUGGAAGAUGAACGUAUUGUCUCCAAAGAACCGCUC